UUCAUUGUUCAGAAGUUUUACUGCUAAUUGAAGGUUGUCGUCAUCUUUUCCCUUAACUGAAGCUUGUAAAUUCAGUAAAUCUUUCUCCCUCACUGACUUUUUGUAUGUCUCUCUCAACUUUUCUUGUCGUCUAGCUGGUUUACAACCAAGAUUUAAAUUAUUCAAGGCCUCCUCUUUUUCCAAGCUAAUUUGUCGCAGUCAUUGAUAAGAAGUGUGUUUUAGAAGAUCCUCGCCUAUAUUUCCUUAAUCUAUGAAGAAUAAGACUAAAGUCGAAGCUACAAUUGUUACUACAAGUGCUUAAAGGUGUUUUUGAGAGGACCAAUUGCUUAUACUAUGGUUGAGAAAGUGUUUUGUAAAAUCCAUCAAUUUGCUAGUUAUGAAGAGUUUUUAGAAAAAAAAGAAGAGUAUGAAUCCAAAACUGGUUAUCAAUUAUGCACAGGCAAUAGCAGUGAAAAUCCUGAUUACGACUCAGAUGAUUCUAAAAAAAAAUAAAUUCCCUUAUAAGUAUAAAGCUUGGAAGUGUAUUAGGUCAGGAAUAAAUGAUGCAAAUAAAAUGACAACGAUAGAACGAUCAAAUUGUCAGGUUAAAUUAAGGCUUACGUUGCCAAAAAAAGAAGAAGGUAAAGAGCAAGGAAAAAUGAAGAUUUCCAUCUUACAUUUAAUUCAUAAUCAUUUGCCUGAGCAUGACAUUCCUGGUGUUAACGAGUCCAGAGCUGCUCAAGUGGAAAAUACACUUGAAAACAAUGCUGCAAAACAUGAACAGGCUACAAUUAAUCAAGAAAACCUAAUAACUGGUUGCACUGAACUCAGUAAAGUUGUCAGCGCAGAAGCUGGUUGCACUGGACCCAGUAAAGCUGUAAGCGCAGAAGCUGGAUGCACUGGGCCCAGUAAAGCUGUCAGCGCUAAAGCUUUAAAUGAUCAAAAAGAGAAGGCAGAGGCAAAAAAACAACUUGAAAUGGUAAUGAUCUUUACGAGCCUAGAUACAUUGAUUCAAUCAAAAAAUAAUAAUCUUGCUGCUAUUAAAAACAAAAUUUAGAACGAGAAGACUGGUUGUAUUGAACUAAGCAAAGCUGUCAAUAAGGAAGCUGUAAAUGAUCGAGCUAAGAAGAGGGAGACAAAGGAGCAACUUAAAGAAAUGGUCAGUUUAGAAAAGAGUUUGAACAGUAGCAUGAAAGGGAUCAAUUUGGAAUGUGAGUCUUGAUAAGAUCCACGAUGAAAGUAAAUUUGAAGUAUCUGAACAGAACAAAGGUGCUGUAAAAAAAACACUUGUUGGAUCAAAUAGUGAUAAGGUUGAUUAUCAAGAUACUUUCAGAAGUAACAUUGCAGAAGCAAAUUUAGAAUCUGAGAAUUGUAACAAAACAAUGAAUGAAGAAAAGUGUGAACUGGAAAAAGGUGAUGCAAUGAAUUCAAAAACUCGUGAGAUAGGUCGACCACGUGGUGCAGUAACCACUGCUAUUGGGCUACUCAUAAAAAAACGAAUUAUAAAAUUCGAAAAUAUAACAUCGAAGCAAAAGUUAAACCAACUUUUAACAUGGUUAAAUUUGGAUGCAAGCCUAAUAAAACUCAUUAUAAAACAGGAGUCCAUAUUAGUAUACGAAAUGAUAAAAGUAUGUUUACCUAGUUUGCCUGAUGCUUUUCUAUCCGGAGAAAUCAAUUUGGAUAAUGUUGUUGACUUUAUUGAUAGCAAAGCUUUGCGUCAUUUAAAGAUUUCAAUCAUAAAAAGAAAAAAGGAAAAUGUAUAUACAUGUCCGUUUUGUAAACAUCAUAUACUUGAGAAAGAGGAAAGUAUCUUUUGAGACUCUUGUCUAAUCUGGAUGCGCACAAAAUGUGCUCAUAUUAGAUUAACAAAAAAAGUGAAAACAAAUGAUUAUUUUUGUACUUUAUGCUGUCAAAAAUAAUUUGCAUUUAUCCUAUAAAGCUUAUAUAUUUAUUGUAUUCUACUAUAAAGUAAAGUUAUAUUGUACGUACUUAUACAUUUAAAUAAAAAGUUUUCCUACAUAAAAAA